UUCCCGGUGCUGCCCGGUGCGGCCCCGUCCAGCCGCCGCGCAAGGAUGCUGGUGAAGGCGGAGGUCCUGGCGCCGCCCGCCGAGGACGAGCUGCUGCUGCUGGGGCUGGGCUCGCCCGCCCCCUCGCCCUCGCUGCCGUCCAGCGCCGAGGAGGAGGAGGAGGAAGAAGAGGAGGAGGAGGAGGAGGAGGAGCUGCGCGCAGCCCCGCCGGCUCGUCCCGUCGAGGCUCCGGGCGGCCGCGGGCUGCGGCGGGCGGAGGGGAAGCGACGGCCGGGGCGGUCCCGGGGCGCCCCGCGGGCGGCGCGCACGGCGGAGACGGCGCAGCGCAUCAAGCGGAGCCGGCGGCUCAAGGCCAACAACCGCGAGCGCAACCGGAUGCACAACCUGAACGCGGCGCUGGACGCCCUCCGCGACGUGCUGCCCACCUUCCCCGAGGACGCCAAGCUCACCAAGAUCGAGACGCUCCGCUUCGCCCACAACUACAUCUGGGCGCUGACCGAGACCCUGCGGCUGGCCGGGGCGGCGCGGCUCGGCCCCGACGGGGCGGCGGCGGUCCCCGCCGAGGGCAGCCCCUCGCCCGCCUCCUCCUGGAGCGGCGGCGCCGCCAGCCCCGCGCCCUCUGCCUCCCCGUACGCCAGCACUUUAUCGCCCGCCAGCCCCGCCGGCUCCGCCUCGGAUCCCGAGCACUGGCCCGGCCGCUUCGCCCCGGGGCCGCCGCUGCCCCGCCGCUGCCUCUAGCCCGGCCCGCAGCUCCCGGGGCUCCCCCCGGGGCUGGAGCGGCGGCAUCUGCCCGAUUCCCAGGGCAGGGCGGGCUGUGGGAACGGCACCUGCCAAACCAAACUUUCCGUCUUUCUCUGUUUCUCUCUCUCUCUCUCUCUCUCUCGCCGAUGUGCACUUUGUCCAGUUUUCCCAGAUCUGUCACCGCGGGGCUUUUGUGUGUGUGUCCCCCCCUUUCCCCGCUCCCCUCUUUGCCAUCUGUCCCUUAUGAUUUAUAGGCGGGAGGGGGGGGCAAAGCGAGGGGAAAAAAAAAAAAAAAAAAAAAAGUAAAUUGUUUUGUUAGGGGUCCAGGUUAGAAGUCAUUGUAUAAUUUGUAGGCUUUGUGAGGGCUGAAUGCAAGCGUGGAAAUUUAGGCUGAACUCUCUAUCAAAAGGGGAAAAAAAAA